GAGUGCGUGUCUUUUCCACUUUCCCCAUUCUGGACGCUCUGUUUCGAUAAGGUUGAGGCCGAGCUCGAGCGGCGCAGCACAGCAGGCGAUUUCUCUCCGUGCAUGGCGAUUCUCGCCGCUUGAUUUUGAUUGCGGUUCCCUUUCUCUUCGAUCCCCGGUGUCGCGGUUGGUUGUUCCUCUCUUCCGCUCUCUGCCGUGUGCUUUUUGCUUGUGUUUGGUUCCAGAUCAGGUGAGUUCAUGUCGUCCCUGCCGUCGCACGCGCUGUUGUAGUUUUAGAUGCAUGAUGUUGUUGACUCCCUGCUGAAGGUGAAGAUGCCUGAUUUGUGUGUGUCCCGGAGCACCUGCUUGUAGUUGUAGAUGCAUGAUUUUGUUGACUCCCUGCCGGAGAUGGAGAUGCGUGAUUUGUGUGUCUCCCCAAGCACCUGUUUGUAGUUGUAGAUGCAUGAUUUUUAUGGUUGAAUCCCUGCUGGAGAUGGAGGUGCGUAAUUUGUGCGCCCCCCCCCCCCCCCCCCCCCCCCCCCCCCCUCCCCGCGCCGCUGAUGUAGUUGUAGAUGCGGUGGAUGUUUUCCUGUCUCCUAUCCACGGUUUGUUGUAGUUGGGGGGAUUAUGUACAUGUGACCCCCAUGUAGGUGCGUGAUUCCGCGGAUGCAAUCACCACAAAUGUCUCUGAUGUAGUUGUAGAUGCGGUGGUGUAGCUUAUUCUGGACAGAUGUGUCCUGCUCUCUUAUGUCUUCUAUUUCUCAAUUGUGUCCUGUUUACAUUGUAAUUUUCCCAAGAAUUCCCAUAGUUUCUAUGUGUACUUUGCAGUGUAUCCCCCCCCCCCCCCCCCCCCCCCAAUUUUUACAGUGUAUUUUCUUGAUUCAGUUAUGUAAUUCCUGAAUUUAUGGCUCUCAGUGCACCCCUAGUUUUAUACUGUAAUCGUCUUGCUUAGUUUAUGUAUUUAUAAUGUAUUUUUUGCGCCUUUUUUGUAGUGAAAUGUUCAUGCUUUAGAUAUGUAAUUAUCAGGUUUAGAUUUACGGAUUUGCUAUUUUACACUCGAAUGGAUGUAUCUAGCACUGAACUUUCUGGUGAUGAAGGAGGUUUUGACAAAGCUCUUUUGAAGUUCUAUAUGAAUCAAGUGUGUUUUUCUUUCUUUGUAGUAGUUGAUUUUGUUUUUGGUUAUUUUCUUUUUUUUAGGUUGACCAGUGUCUUUUUGUUUUUUCAGAAAGUAAAAUGCUUGAAUAGGAAAUUAUCAUCUGCUGGGAGAAGGAAUGUGGAACCUCGUAAUGUCUUCUUCGUCGAGGAAUCCAUUGUCUCCGUCUUGUACAUGCGAGUCGUCUGGUUCUUUCCAUUCUCCUUCAUUAUUGUGGGAUUAAAUUCUGCUCUGCCAUCUUCGCUUGCUGUUGCUACGGCAAUGCAUUUCUUCCAAUGUCUGCAGAGUAAGUUAAAAUAUUUUCCAUGUAAGAGAUGAAGCCGGUGAAGGGGUUGAAGAAUUGGGGUAGGAGUAGAAGUGCUCCUGAUCCCCUGAUCUGGGGAUCGUCUCUUGAGUGAUUUUCCUAUGAUCUCCCCCAAUGUUUGGUUGAUGUUCUCUUGAGUAGAAGUGCUCCAGGUUCAGUUGAAACCGGGUCAGAGUUUAACCCGACCUGGUUUGAUAGAAAUACAGAACAUACAGGUUGGCAUCUAUUUAUUUGUCAGGAAAUUUGAAUGUUGUCGAAUUGAAAAACAGUCAAAUACUAAAUAGACAGUCCCUAAAACAAUUCGAGUUAA